UAACAGUGACUUGAUUUGACAGCACACCAAUCGUAACACUCAAGGAAAUUUUGUUUAGUCAUUUUCGUUUCUUUAUCCUUAAAUUCAUUGCAUAUAAUUAAAAGAAGAGAAAAAACGAUGAUCUGUUGAUAAGUUUUAUUUAAAAGAAUUAUUCAUUAUUUGGACGACAAUAUAGAUAUUAAGUCAUACAGCAACAUAAUCGAAUAACAAUAACAUAACAUUUGAAUGAAACAAGCUGAUCCAAAAUGUAAAAUUAAUGGUUUACAAUCUAAAUCAAAUCUAAUAAACAAAUUGUGAAGCUAUUAUUAUAUGUUCAGGCAAAGGUGUUUGUCAAACGAUUGAAGUCAUCAUCAACCGAAUGAUAUCUGAAAAAUGUUCAGCUUUGAAGGCAACUAUAAACGAACGCCGUCGCAAAAUUUAAGCGGCGCAUCACACACAAAUGAUCGCGAAACGCUGAUACGUCGUGCUCAGCACGAACGACAAAAACGGGCUGAAAUUCGAAAGCAGCAUACCGGAGCAAUUACAAUUCAAUCGUGCGUUCGAAGCUUCUUAUCGCGUGUCAAAUGCAAAAAAGAUGCACAACAAAUUUUCGAUCAAUACUUGAAAACGGUUGGACUCACCAAUCCCGAACAGCUAGAAUAUUUGCUCAGGUGUAUUUUAUUUUUCUACGAUAAUAAAAACGAAAAAGAUGGCGAACGACUGAUAAUAUUAUGUCAAUUUCUAAUUCGACAUCCCGAUAAUUUGCUGCAAAAAUCGAUUACCGAUCCGCAAUGGCAACAUCGAGUGAAGAAAUUACUAUCGUUAUGCAUCCAACAAUUGUCACUACAAAAUUUAUCUCAUGGAAUUCCAUUUCGAACUUUGGAAACAUUUUCAUCGGACGACAUAGUUUCGAAAUAUAUAACCGAUGCAAAUGUACGACGAACAUACUUAGAAAGUGUAUAUCGUUAUUUGGUACAGCGAAAAUACUUCAAAUUGGUGCGUCAAUUACUCGAAGAAAAAAUACCACCGCUGUAUGAUGUGGUUCUGUCGCCGCCAAAUUCGAUAUCGGAAACUUUGCUGCAAAUGAUUCAGCAUCCGUUGAGACUCAUGUGUGCAGCAAAUAAAACCACAACAACGAAUGAACAAGUACCAUCAUCGUUGAUUAGCAAAGAUUGUGCAAAUCUCAUUUUGUCUUCGUUUGUCGAAGAGAUUCUCGUUCCUAAGUAUACGAAACCAAUUCAACUCUUUGUUAUACCAUGUUUGGCGAACAGUGUUGAAUUUCCAUUUCCACAUUUGCUUCAAUAUCUUAGCGAUAAAAUAGCGGAGAAAUGCACGAAUCAAACGGUUGUCGGAUCGCUUGAACAAAAUACGGACUAUUCCAUUUCAAGUAGCGUUUCCUCAGUUUCAAUAGCCCGUGAAAAUUCAAAAGCUAUCGAUGAUGUAUUUUGUUCAUCAUACGUAUUUCAUUCGUUUAUGACACUGGAUCAAUUACAUUUGCAUCGCAUCAAAAAUAAUGCAAUUUGGGCGCGGAACUACAUCAAUGUUUUGGGACAUUUGUCGGAAAAUAUACGUAAACUACAACCGCGCUCAUCGCAAUCACUAUUUAAACAAUAUGAUACGGAAUUUGAUGCGGAUGAUGAUAUUGACAGUGACGAAGAAGAAGAUCGAAAAAUUGAAUCGAUUUCAAUGGAGGAACGAGAUUGCUUGCUGGAAGCAAUUACAUUUUUAAACGAUCAAAAUCAUGUUGAAAUUAUACUUGACAAUAUAGACAAUUGUUUGGAUGAUGUUCAAGUAUUGUACUCAUUAUGUAAGAUUUGUCAUAACCUCAUGCUUUAUCAUCGAACCGCUGUGUUUGAAUUCAGGUUGCUAUUUCAGUUAACAUUUAGACCACAAUUUAUACGCGCUUUGUGGUAUACUUUGCAUACGCAACAAAAUAGUGCCGGAUUUUCAUCGCCUUUAAGUUUGAUCACAAAGGGAAUUCAAAUAGCUGACCAUGAAAUCGAUCGUGUGAUUCCAAUGAUUGCAUCAUUUUGUGCACUAUUCGGACGAUUAAUAGCGACUUUACAUGAUCGCGAAUUUUGUCAAGAAGAUGUUUUACCCGGUGCAAUUAGUAAAAUAAUGCCAUUCAAAUUGAACGAAAUCAUUUCAAUGAGUUCAUUUUUGAAGGAUAUGUCAUUGGGCUUAGUUGAAUUGGCAUUCCCUGAAACACGAACGAGCAUUAAUGAUCAUUAUAGAACGGCAUUACAAAUGAAUCAGGGUUCAAGCGCACCGAAUGCAACGUCACCUAGCAAAUGGCCGCAUUUAUUAAAAGUAUGCGUAUCGUUAUUACGUCAAUUGCAUACACGAGAUUUGCGUAGAGGUUUUUGUCCACCAAAUCAUUGGGUUGUGCAUACAUUAAAUCUACCUCUGGAUAAACCAACCGAUUUAGAAAUGCCACGCGGUAAUCGGCAUGCUCCAAGACCAUUCCAACCGAUUCGUGAUUUCACCCGCGAAGAUUUUGAUAGUAACGGUCCACCGUUGUCCACGAAACAAGUUCGAUCCAUAACAAUCUUAAGAGAAAUUCCAUUCGUUGUGCCAUUCAAUACAAGAGUUGGCAUUUUUCAAGGCCUUUUGGCGGCCGAUCGCUUGCGAGCUCAAGGUGAUCAACAGAGCUUUCUUCAAGGUCCUUCAAUUCAACUGGUUGUUAGACGAUCACAUUUAUAUGAAGAUGCGUUUGACAAAUUGCGACAGGAAAAUGAACCAGAUUUGCGAGCAAGAUUUCGUGUACAAAUGAUAAACAAUAUUGGUCUAGAAGAGGUUGGCAUAGACGGUGGUGGUGUGUUUCGGGAAUUUUUAUCGGAACUUAUUAAAACGGCUUUUGAUCCGAAUCGGGGAUUUUUCAUGAUUACAACGGACAAUAAACUUUAUCCAAAUCCAAGUGUUGCAAAAAUUGUUCCCGACUAUCAAAAGCAUUAUUAUUUCAUUGGUCGAAUGUUAGGCAAAGCGUUGUAUGAAAAUCUAUUAGUUGAAUUACCAUUGGCCGAAUUUUUCCUAUCAAAAUUGGCUGGAAAACACUCAGACGUUGAUGUACAUCAGUUAGAUGAUCUGGAUCCGGUGUUGCACCGUAAUUUAUUAUCACUGAAAGCGUAUGAAGGCGAUGUUGAAGAAUUGGGCUUAGAUUUCACCGUUGUUAUAAACGAAUUAGGUGAAACAAAAGUGCACGAACUCAAACCAAAUGGAACAAAUAUUCAAGUGACUAGUGCCAAUCGUAUUGAAUACAUUAGUUUGAUGGCCGAUUACAAAUUGAAUCGACAAAUUCGACAGCAAUGUGCUGCAUUCAGAAAAGGAUUAGCCAAUGUGGUUACCAUUGAAUGGCUGUAUAUGUUUAGCAAUAAAGAAUUCCAAGUGUUGAUUUCUGGCGCCGAAAUACCUGUUGACAUUGAUGAUCUUCGUGAAAAUACCAAAUAUGGUGGCGAUUUUGAAUUUGAACAUCCUACUAUCAAACUAUUUUGGGAAGUUUUAACCAAUUUCAGCGAUAUUCAAAAGCGGCAACUGCUCAAAUUUGUCACAUCCUGCUCUCGGCCACCGUUACUUGGAUUUAAGGACCUUGAUCCACCAUUCACAAUUCAUCAUGCUGGUAAUACGGACCGUUUACCUAGUGCCAGCACUUGUAUGAAUCUUUUGAAGUUGCCCGCCUUCAAUUCGAAAGAACAAAUGCGAGAAAAACUUUUAUAUGCCAUCGAAAGCAAUUCAGGCUUUGAACUUAGUUAGUUGCCACAAAUGAACAUCAACAGACAUGAUAAUUUAGUGUUAAGGAACGCACUAAGAUUUUAUAGAAAUAAAAAAAACAACAACAAAUUUAUUUUAA